AUGGACGAAAUCAAAGAUAUGUUAAGAAAAAUGCAAGAAGAAAUGAGCCAGCAAAAAGUAGACAUGGUAGCCAUGAAAGAAGACAUUAAAAACACAAUCAACAAUAAUAUAAAUGAGAAAUUUAAGAGUUUGGAAAACAAAAACUUACAACUUGAGCAAAAAUUGGAAACACAAAAAUUGUCUAUCGAUAACUUUGAAAGGUUCAAUAGAAGAAAAAAUCUGCUGUUUUUUGGAGUUGAAGAGCGAGAAAUUAGCUAUCAAGAUUUGGAGAAAAAAGUUUUAGAUAUCAUAAACAACAUUUUGAACAUCAAAUGUGAAAAGCAUUACAUUGAAUCUGUAAGAAGACUUGGAAAAAAAAGCGAUAAAAUCAGACCCAUUGUAACUACUCUGCUUACUAUGGGGAUGAAAAUAGAAAUACUAAAAAACAAAAAGAAUUUGGAAACAACUUCCUACUACAUAAAAGAAGACUUCCCACUAGAGGUGCUCAAAAAACGAAAAGAACUCCAAGGAGAAGUAGAGAUGCUGAAAGAACAAGGGAAAAAAGCUAUAAUAAAAUACGACAAAAUCAUUUUACUUGAAAAUAAUAAAAAACAAUAUCCAGAAUGGCAAAAAAAAAACUCAAAAUAA